UCCCCAUGUAGUGCGCUACUACGGCAGCUACUUCAAAAACAGUGACCUGUGGAUCGUUAUGGAAUAUUGUGGAGCCGGAUCGGUGUCCGAUAUCAUCCGAUUACGCAACAAGACGCUAACAGAAGAGGAGAUAGCCACCAUCCUGCAAUCCACUCUGAAGGGUCUGGAGUAUCUUCACUUCAUGAGAAAAAUCCACAGAGACAUCAAAGCAGGAAACAUCCUGCUGAACGCGGAGGGCCAGGCCAAACUGGCCGACUUUGGAGUUGCCGGACAACUCACAGACACCAUGGCGAAGCGAAACACGGUCAUCGGCACGCCGUUCUGGAUGGCCCCAGAAGUCAUACAGGAGAUUGGUUACAACUGCGUGGCCGACAUCUGGUCUCUGGGAAUAACGGCUAUAGAGAUGGCGGAGGGGAAGCCGCCCUACGCUGACAUACAUCCCAUGAGGGCCAUCUUCAUGAUUCCCACCAACCCUCCACCGACAUUCAGGAACCCAGAUCUGUGGUCUCCGUCAUUUCGGGAAUUUGUCACCCAGUGUUUGGUGAAAAAUCCCGAAAACAGGGCGACUGCCACGCAGCUGUUACAGCAUCCAUUCAUCAAGUCAGCCAAGCCCAACUCCAUCCUCAGAGCCCUGAUCACAGACGCCAUGGAGAUCAAACUGAAGAGGCAAGAGGAGGCCGAGCAGAGGGAGCAGGAUGCAGAAGAUGAAGACAAUUCGGAUGAGGAUGAGGUGGACCAGGGGACGAUGGUGCGGGCAGGAGCAGACGACUCAGGAACCAUCCGGGCCGCUGGUUCACUCAGCGGUACGGCACGGACUAUGAUCGAACACGAGGACACGGGAACCAUGCAGUCACAACUGGGCACCAUGGUCAUCAACUCUGACGACGAGGACGAGGAAGAAGCCGGCACUAUGAAAAGGAGAGAUGAGACGAUGCAGCCGGCCAAGCCGUCCUUCCUGGAGUACUUUGAGCAGAAAGAGAAGGAGGCCAACAGUCACAAUGACGGAGGAGGAAGAGGAGAGAACAAUGCAGACAACCGCAAACUGCCUGCUGAAGGAGAUCUUCAAGUGGUGAGUACGUGGUCGGUGGAGGAGCUGCGUCUGCGUCUCGCCUCUCUGGACCCUCAGAUGGAGCAGGAGAUCGAGGAGAUCCGUCAGCGCUACCAGGCCAAGAGGCAGCCCAUCCUGGACGCCAUCGAGGCCAAAAAGCGACGGCAGCAGAACUUCUGAGAAGGAACUGCCGAGCUCCUCACAGCAACAACUGGACGUCUGAUCUCUCGAGCUCUCGGCAGCAGUUCUGUGAAACGUCAGUAAUAAUAAUAAGACAUGAAGCUCGCGGCGGCUGAAGAUCUGCUCACGAGACCAAAAACUGUGCGAGGACUUGUGAUGAUCCUCGCUUUGGAUGUCAAACUGCUGAAGAAGAACAAAGAGCUGUUCUUCGAUUAACAUUUAUUGUUUGUUUGAUUUACGAUCCAUGCUCCUUUUAUUCUGCCUUCUUGAGAUAAUCUGGAGCCUUCGAGAACUGUUUUUCUGGUUUUAACAGUUUAAGAGAUUACUUUCUAAGUCCCGCCCCUUUUUGCUCUGUACUCCAGGAUUGGUUGAUUGGUUGAUUGUUAUUGGAGCACAGGGCAGAAAGGGGCGGGACUUACGAAGGGUCAGUCAAGAGUUGAGUUUUCUUUGGUGUCAGCUGAUCUGGACGUUUCUUUCUGUUUAUUUCUCAACCCACAGUGACGAAGCCCCUCAGAUCUCUUUAAGUUUUUUUUUUUUUACUUAAUCGUGUGGUACAACAUUUUAACUGCUGACUGUUCAACGCAGGUACUCGUCUGUUUUCUGUCAUUAAUGCUGGACUUUUCAGUUGUCCCGCUCUGGACUGUGAAAGUCCGGGUGUGCAGUCCAGAACUGGAUCAUUCCCUGCUCUUGAAAAACACACGAAAGGUAGAAAAUGCACAUUAUUAGUUUGUUCCAGCACAUAACUGCCUCUUCUAGUCGUAAAAUGUUGGUCAAUCUGAGGCUAAACACAGAUUAAGUCUUGAAGAACGAUGUAUUUCCUAUCAGCUGGAUUGAAUUGGAUGAACUGAGAGGAGAUAACAGGACGUCUUCAUCAUUUAUAAUGUGAGGGGUGUUAAACAUCCAGUGUUCCUCACUCUAAACUCAGAUUUCUCCUUUAAACUUGUUUCUGAAAACUAAAUUUCUUUAAUCCGGUACGUGUUCCUAGUUUUUAAUUUUUUCUACACGCUGCUCUGAGUCUGCUGUCGUAAUGAAUCAUGUUUUAGUCUCUCAACUGAAUAGUUAUUAGACCAGUUUUCUGGUCGUUUGUUGCAACAACGCUUAAAAAGUUCCUCACAGUUCCUCUUCAGCGAGGAGCCAAACAGCAGAAAUACGUCAGCAAAGACACAAUUGAGCUUUUUCAGUGCAGAGUUUUUCUAGUUUGAAAGAAAAGUGCUCAGCUAAUGUAAAUCAUCAGAUAAAGAACAUGUCAGGAUGAUGAUGAUUGUUGAGGAUUAAUACUUUGUUUAUAUGAUUUUGCCAUUCUCAUCUUCCUCUGCAUGGCGCUGACUGGAGGUUCGAUGUCUGACUUUGUUCCCAGUAUAAGUUCCCAUUAAUGAACAGGACCAGUUAGAGAGAAAUAUUCAGAUUCAUUGAGUCGUCGUUAAUGUUGAUUUUGUAUCAGAGAGUCUGCAGGUCACAAGAUAAAUAUCAGCAGAUGAUUAACAGAAUAGAAAGAAAAAUAAAAUAUAAUUUGCUUCAC